AUGGCUACGGCGGGCACAAGCCUUGUAGUCAUUGCCAGCAUGGCUGGCCAUACAAUCCAAGAAGCCCUCGCCACUGACUUUGAACAACACCUUGCAACAUCCCCGACGGAAACGAUCCUCUCUCAUCCAGAGCUGGACACAAAUGUAUACGAAGCCAAUACGCCAGAAGCACGCAAAGCUAGUCCACGAGCAUAUGGCAUCUCCAAGCGGGCAAACAUCCUCAGAGUCCAGGCGUCUGCCGCGGCGUUCGGAGCGAAGGGGGCGAGAAUCAACUCCGUCAGUCCGGGGGUUAUAUCAACUGUAAUGGGGCAACGUGAGCUGGACGGGCCAUAUGGUCAGCAUAUCCGCAAAAUCAUCGACGAUAGCCCUGCCGGACGGAUUGGGACGGCGGGUGAUGUUGUCAAUGCGGUUACUUUCUUGGCAAGUGACGAGGCUAGUUUUAUCACUGGGACCGAUUUGCUGGUUGAUGGAGGCUCCACAUCAUCUCAGAGAUGGAGUAAAGGUCCUGGUCUGUUUUCCCGCUGA